CAAAAACAUAAUUGUCUCUCUGUUAAAACCAAAUCUACAGAUCUGUUGACCACAAAAAAACAUCACUUACAAUUAACCACCCCAAAAUUUACAGAUUUCACCUACUCACCAAUGGAUGCUGCAGCUCCGCCACCUGACACCGAUAUGGAGGAUGCUUCCGCCGCUUCCUCCGUCGCACAACACCACCACAAUCAGCCUCCUCCUCCUCCCACAGGUAUGGAGAGUAUUCCGGCCACGCUCAGCCACGGUGGAAGAUUCAUUCAAUACAAUAUCUUCGGUAACAUAUUUGAAGUCACCGCUAAAUAUAAACCUCCGAUUAUGCCAAUCGGAAAAGGCGCGUACGGCAUCGUUUGCUCGGCGUUAAAUUCAGAAACGGGAGAAAAUGUAGCAAUAAAGAAAAUUGCGAAUGCUUUUGAUAAUAAAAUUGAUGCUAAACGGACUCUUCGUGAGAUCAAGUUGCUUCGUCAUAUGGAUCAUGAAAACGUUGUUGCUAUCAGGGACAUAAUCCCUCCACCCCUGAGGGAAUCGUUCAAUGAUGUUUACAUAGCUUAUGAGUUAAUGGAUACUGAUCUGCAUCAGAUCAUUCGUUCAAAUCAAGCAUUAUCAGAAGAGCAUUGCCAGUAUUUUUUGUAUCAAAUUCUCCGAGGAUUGAAAUAUAUACAUUCUGCAAAUGUUCUGCAUAGGGAUUUAAAACCAAGCAAUCUUCUCCUGAAUGCAAAUUGUGAUCUCAAGAUAUGUGAUUUUGGUUUGGCUCGUGUUACCUCAGAAACUGAUUUCAUGACAGAAUAUGUUGUCACUAGAUGGUAUCGCGCACCAGAGCUGCUGUUAAACUCUUCAGAUUACACUGCAGCUAUUGAUGUAUGGUCAGUAGGUUGCAUUUUCAUGGAGUUGAUGGAUCGGAAGCCUCUAUUUCCUGGCAGAGAUCAUGUGCAUCAGCUUCGUUUGCUUAUGGAGCUAAUUGGCACUCCAUCAGAGGCGGAAUUGGGAUUUCUUAAUGAGAAUGCAAAGAGAUACAUUCGUCAACUUCCUCUUUAUCGUCGCCAAUCUUUCACCGAGAAGUUCCCAACUGUCCACCCUUCAGCUAUUGAUCUGGUUGAAAAGAUGUUAACGUUUGACCCCCGACUGAGGAUAACUGUCGAGGGCGCGCUUGCUCAUCCCUAUUUGACAUCACUUCAUGACAUAAGCGACGAGCCAAUCUGUACGACCCCCUUCAACUUUGACUUUGAGCAGCACGCUUUGAGUGAAGAACAAAUGAAAGAGCUGAUUUACCGGGAGGCUCUUGCAUUUAACCCGGAAUAUCAGCAACAAUGAAAAACAAACAUUUUCUGGAAUAGCAAGUUGAUUGUGGCUUUUGAUCACUGUUCGGAUGCUUUUAAUAUUAAUUUCUUCAUGUACAUAUGAUCCACCAAAUUAAAUGCAGGUGGUUCUUCAACUGUUGAAAUGGUGUUUGUAUUGCCCACUUGCUUGAAUUUAGUUCUUUAUUUUAAAUGUGCUUUCAAA